GCUGGCUGUCACAUUGACUGUCUUCAUCUAUGGUCUGUCUGAUUUGUAAACAUAAACAAUCUAUUCCAUUUAGUGAUAAAAAAUAAUUUGUUUGUUGAAUUAUCAGGCAUUCGCUCUAGAACAGUGAAUGUCAAACACUAAAUAGCUUCAUUGAAUUAACAUUAGUCAAUGUUAAUCAAAACAAUUUGACCUCAUUACACGUUAUACAAGCUGAAAUUAGUGGUCCAGUGGUUUACAAUACGUGCACAGAAGAGAUAACGUACAGCACCGGACAUGGAUGAACCUUGUGACGUGAUUCCUAACAAUUUUCGCUCAUUGAACAGCCUAGAGAAAUGCUACAUUCGAUUCAUCAACACAACAGAUAGGUCUGUCGAUGUUUUUUGGAUCAACUACUCAGGAGUGCUAGUGAACUACAGGCUGCUCAAUAAAGGGCGUUAUGUGGAUGUGAGUACUUAUAAAACCCAUCCAUGGAUUGUUAAAGACACUGCUACCAAAGAUAUGAUGCUUAUUAAUGGGACCUACUUCUAUCAACCGAAAACGUCGAGAGAAAUCUUAGAAGAAAAGUAUCCCGGCAAUAAUAUACCUGAACACCAUGAGGUGCGGACUAGAGCCUUUAUAUCUGUGCCAGUUUACAGCCUACGGUACGCCUGCUUAUUGACACUAAGAAACCAUUUAAGUUCGACUGAGGACGUUGAUGAACUGGUAUUGCCUAGAAAUUUGGUGGAAGAUCUCAAAAAAGCGAUUUCGAAAAGGAAUCGUGAAUGUUCCAUGGAGACGUUAAAGUAUUAGUUGCCAUUAAUACUUCAUUUAGUGGAAUAUAUUGUAUAAUACUAUGUUUGGGCCUACUUACAACGUAAUGUAUAUAAAGAAUUAUGAUACGGGCCAAAAUAAAUUAGGGUAAAUAAGUCAAUAGUUCAGGAAAUCAAAUCAAUUUUCUCAGAACUCGCCUAGAUUUGCGGUAUCAAUGAAAUGUUAGUUAUGGCAGUGUCUGAAGACUGCUCCAGUCCUGGAGCUGUUUGUAGAUGAAUCAGAAAAUUUAUAGUUCAUAAUGAUCCAUAGUCCAGUUAGAUUAGACUUUCAACGGCCUGUUUCGGGCGUCCCAACUACCUUCAAUAUAUGAUUUGAUAAUAUUUUAUUAGAAGUUGUUGAGAUGGAUGCCAGAAUAUUGGCACAAAUAAGGCUUGGAUAAGAAGAAAAUUAAUAGAAUUCUAGAUGAGAAUAAAACUUAUUUAAACUAAAUUAAUUAUAGAAAAUAAAAAAAAACACUAAAACCGGAGGUUUUCUUGUUUUGUCAGUAAAAAAAAUGAACGGCUUUUAAUUUAGCUUGCCUCAUUAUGCAAGUAUUUUUAAUACUUUUAAUUAUAAUAAUAAUUUAAUUUUUUAAAUUUAUUUUAAUAAUAAUUUAAUUUUUUUAAAGUUAUGCGUGAAAACCGGCGUUUGGCACAUUCUUUGAUUAUUUAAACAGUGUUCCACAGCCGAAAAUCGAAAUCGCGCGCAUAGUAUUGUUCCAAUAUUCUGACUUCCAACAAUCUUUUACCUUCAUCCAUUUAAUGCCGGGAAAGGAUUCGACUGGAUGACUAAUUGUAUUCACGUCUUUGGGUCAAUUUUUAAGCGUUUUUCAAAUUGUAUUCUUUGAUUUAAGAACUUUUUAGACAGCCAUGGAGUAUGGAGGUAUAUAAGCUAAUUUCCAUUAACAAGAAUCUGCAAGGUAUUUAAUAGUAUACCGCAAAUGAUGUUACCUUUGAAAACCCGUUGGAAACGUUAUCGAAGGAAUUUCAUAUUCCUAAGUCAAUUCAACUGUUUAUCCCACAUACUGAUAUUAAACUGUUACCGAAGGGCCGAUAUCUAAAUGUGAUAGAUGUGUAAUUAAUAUACGUUUUUUAAAGCUAAUAUUUAUACUCAAUUGUGCAAUAACAUUGAACUUAUCAUGGAAUGCUUUAUGUUAUACAAUUUAGGUUUAAUAAAAAUUUUAAUCGUGUACGUUUUAAA